GAAGAAAGCCUGGCCAUUGUGGAGACCCAGACACAUUUCUCUUCCAUCUUUCCUUUUAAAGGAGGCAUAAGAGGAUUCUUCAUGAGAAAAUGCUGCAACUGAAAGCUGGAAUACAGCAGCCCCUAGAGAAGGGACCUGCUGAGAGGAGAGUGGGUGAGCAGCAGACUCAGCCAGAGGAGACAGGGUCCUCCGCUGUGUCCCACAGCAGGAAAUGCCAUUCCUUGAUCCAGGAUCAGGCUCGAGAGUUGACCCACCUGCGGCAGAAGAUGAGAGUGGGGAGAACUUUCUCUUCCCUUCUCAUUCAGCAUGUCAGGAACACAGUGAAAACCUUUGAGGAGCUCCUCAGCAGCAAUAAAAUUGACCACUGCAUGGAGCAGUGCUUCCGUGAGCAGCUGGCCAAGGGGAGCCAGCUGGCAGAGAGCCUUGCCAGCAAAUUCAGCACAGAUGACUGCAUAAGUGAGAAGAAUCAAACAGGACACAUGCUGCGGACCCUCAGUAUCUUAAGGGAGAUGCAUACAAAGGGUAAAGUGCCAGAAGCUCUAAAGACCAAACAGCAGGCCCAGCCCCAGACUCUGCCCCAGAUCCAGUCCAGCAGCCAUGCCCAGUCUGCUGCCCAUCACUUCUCCAGCAGCACCUCCCUGCUUCAUGAAGAGCAAGAAGUACACCCUGCAGUGGCUGUGGCCAAUGUCAGCGCAGCCACUCCUGCUGAUUCAGCAUCAUUGCUCAGCGACCAUUCAGAUGCCAGAUCCACCCAGCCCUCCUAUCCUCUGAGUGGCGCCACACAACUGAGUGGGACACCAGAACCUGGGUACCAUGGCAGCAGUGGCCCAUGGGAUGAGACGAGGCCUCAGAAAAUGAACGCGUCUGGGUGCCUCUCCUCCUUCUCCUCAUUGUACCGGCCCAACUCCAAGCCUUCUGGGGCUGACCUACUGGAAAAGAACCUUGUUGAGAUCCAGAACCUGCGCCAGCGCCUGGAGGAGUCCGUCUACAUCAACGACCGCCUGCAGCAGAGGCUGGGACACGUGCUCAGCAGUGCCGACCGAGGAAAAAGCAGUGCCCAGUCAGCUCCAGAGGUCUCCCCGGCCACCCCUCACACAUGCGCUCAGAGUCACUCUUGCUGCUCUGCUCAGGACACCUUGUGACAUGAUGUCUGGAGGGUCCGGAAGAAAGUUCUCCAGAACUUUCCCAGCCCUAUCAACAGCAUUCUCGGGUGUGAACUUCGAGGCAUCGACAUCACCUUUAA